AUGUUUUGUCAGUCCGCGAGCGGAGACUACAGACCAAUGUCGUUUGGACAGGGUGGUUGCAACCCAAACGAAGCAAUGGAGGAAUUCUACGGGGGCAUCAACGCACAUUGGCCGGUGAUGGAGCGUGUAAGCAUAACCCAAGCAGCUACAGAGCAUACCUUGUCCGCGAAAACCUAUACUAACAACCCUUGGUUCCACCACGCACAGUCCCCCUACGGACCAGUCACUCAUCCAUACAAUGCAUCAGCAUACCAAAAUCCCGCCAUCCUCACACCAAUCAGCCUCCCGGACAGCUCGUACGCCCACGCCCACACCCGCACCAGCCCAGUCCUCAGCAACCACUCCCAACAACAAGAAUACCAAUACCCCGUCUCCGACUCUGCCAUCGCCCACCAUGGCCUGGGCAUUACCACCCCUUUCCCCAGCGAACUCACGCGGGACGCGAGCUUCGGCCUGGGCAUCGCACCGACUAGCUACACCAGCUUACGAGAAGAAACCAUCUCCCCACAGCCUUCAUUACCACGGCGGCGUCAACGUCGAGACUCCAGACAGCCCGCACCGCAUAACCCACCAGUCCAAAUCCUCCCAAACCCACAUGGAGUACAGCUCCUAGAACAGCAACGACGCCAAAGUUACGGCGACCCCAACACACAGCGGCCUCGGGCCCCUGGGCGUGGGCGUAGAGAUCCGCAAGCCGAGGAGGAAGACGCCUUCGUCGAAGGCCUCCGUGAGCAGAACCUCUCGUGGCGAACCAUCCGAGAUAUGUUCCGCGAGAGGUACAACAAGGAUGCGACGGAGGCGCGCCUGCAAAUGCGGCAGGUACGGAGGCGCAAGGAGCGACUGGCACGCUGGGAUGAGCAUGAUGUUCGAAUGCUCUUACGCGCUAGACAUUAUUGGGAGCAGGAGAAGUACAGGCUUAUUGCACAGAAGAUGGCGGAGUUAGGAGCUACAACUACAUUUACAGCAGAACAAUGUGAAGCUCAAUUAGAUUACAUUGAUGCACAGGAGCGCGAACGGGAAGAGCGAGAAAGAGAAGAGCAGGACAACGCUCAACAAUCACAUACGACAGAACCUCGACGCAAACGACGGCGAACAGAAACGAAAGAAACUGGAGAGAAAGCACCUCAAAAAAAGACACCCCGAGGGAAAAAGAAAACAAAGACGGGGACAUAA